AUGGACGAUGUGUUCGGGUCGGACUCCUCCGCCAACGAGUUUGACCCCGCAGAAGAAGCCGACAAUAACAACAACGAGGAUGCGCCCAGCGGGGGUGCUGGCGCUCUGGACUCCGAUGGCGAUGACGAUGAGGGUAUGACCAGCAACAAGCCGGGCGCGUCGCCCACGGACGUGGGAGCCGCCUUGGGAGGGACAGGCCUUAGUGACAGCGAGGACGAUAAUGAUGAGGCCUUCCCAGCGGAUGCCGAUGCGGAGAAGCUGGCAAUGGAUGCCGAUGUGUUCGGGUCGGACAGCGAGGAGGAGGUCGCGCCGCCGCCAGAGGGAGGAGCCGAGAACGAUGACACGGCGGUGGCAGACGUCGAUCCUUUCGAGGAAAGCGACGACGAGGAGGGUGGGUCAGGGGGCAAAACCCUCGGCAAGACCGGAGGCGACCGGUUGAGCAAGGGGGAUAGCUCCGGUAAAGGUAAAGGAAAGGGCAAGAAGCGCAAGGCUGGUGCCGAGGGUUCCAGCAAGUCGAAGCGCAAGAAGGGGACGGACGGGGAAGGGGAAGGGGACAAGCCCACCAAGAAGAAGAAGAAGAAGAAAAAGAAGAAGAAGGACGGCGACGUUGAGGAAGGGGUGGAGGGUGGCAGUAGUAAGAAGACGACCAAGAAGAAGAAGGGCAAGAAAAAGAAGUCCAAGAAGGCUAAGACGACAAGCGUCGAGAGCUCGACCCUGCAAGACCUUGGGCUGGAGUCCUCGGCGGACGAAGCGGCACAAGACCAAGACGAUGACGAUGGCGAUGACGACUUGAGCGACGCCGAGGUAGAGCACGAGGACGAGGAGGAUGAGGGGCUAGGUGGCGAUGGUGGUGAGGAGGUGGUGAGGGCACCGAACAAGCGGACGAGGGAGGACGAUGAUUUCAUCGACGACGCGGACGACAACGCAGACCUGCUAAACGAGUACAAGCAGGACGAGCCGGAAGGGGGAGACCACAGCGAGGCGGAGGAGGACAACAACCCAGAGAACUUCCACGAUGCCCCUAAGAAGGAGAGUGCCAUGACCGCGGUCCUGGCAUCCAUGAAGAAGCGCAAGGCUCAGGACCUGAGCACGGCUGAGCGCGAGCAGAUCGCCCAGGAGUUCAUGUUCAAGAUCAACCAGGCUGCGGAAGACGACGAGGAGGCAGUGCAGAACGGACGCCCGGCGAUCUACAAGAUCAAGAUGAUCAGGGUUGUGAAGGCGACGUUGGCGAAGAAAGAGCUGCAGGAGACCUUCCUCGAGUUCGACCUUCUCGGCGUCCUGAAGCGCUGGCUGCAGCCCUACUCCAAUGGCCAGCUGCCCAACCUCACCGUCAGGACGGACAUCCUCAAGUUGAUAGAAAACCUACCGGUACAGGUGGACCACCUGAAGCGAAGCGGAAUCGGGAAGGUGGUGAUGGGGUUGCUCAACUGCAGGGAGGAGACGACCGAAAACAAGCGCCGCCUCCGGCAGCUAGUGAGCAAAUGGAACCGGCCCGUGUACGAGAAGGAGACUAACUACCGCGCCCGCCGCCCGGCGCAAGAUGACCUCGAGGCCAUGGAGGUCCCGACUAGGGGCGGCGGGGGUGCCGCCGGUAGUGGCGGGAGGCGGCGAGUGGUCCACGGUAGCAUGAGGCGCGACGGAGCCAGCAAGGACGAGGCUGUAGGGAACAUUCUCAACGCCAGGGCGCGGGGGCUGGACCCGACAAAGGCUCGCGUGCCGUUCUCCAACGGGUACGCUUUCUCAAAGGCGCCGAGGUCGAGGGUCGAGGGACACGGCCGGGCACCGGCCCAGCAGGUGGACACCUCAUCGCGCGCUAAGCUGCUCAAGAAGAUGGCCACUCUGUCGCGUCCCGUAAACAAGGCUGUAUGAUCUACCUAUGAUGCCAUGAUGCAUGAUCCGCAGUGCGAUUAUCUCUUAUAAUAGUUGCGCAACGAGACGGAGAGGGCAUAUGUCGGUUAUUGCCGUGACGGACAGCGCGAAGAACGUUAUUGGGGCACAGCAAUAUUCUAUUUUCGUUGUCAGAGAUUUGUAUGUUGCAGUGUUUUUGGCGAGAGUCCGGGAACGCAAGAUUUGCGGGGAGAAGACAUUUGCCGUUGACCUGGAAUGUUGGCCAUGUCUGUUGGAGGUAAAGGAUCCAACCAUGGGAUGUGUAUCCCGAGCUUUGUGCAGAACGUUUGGAGCUCGGUAAACAUUGCGCGCGUAGCCUUGACGCAGGAAUGUGGGUACGUGGGUACAAGUGCACGAUGUUUAUCAAAAGGGUUUGGUUUGGUUCGGGCGUGAUGGGAGUUUCACGUAGAUGUAGGGACGCGGAAUUUCUUCGUCUGUGGCGGAGUUAUGAUAGGAGCGUUUGGAGAUCAAGGUUAAGAGCCUUACCUCUGCCCUAAACUCCCAUGUCAGCUUCACUACCUUGCGUGCUUGCGCCUUCUUCCUAUGUCUGCCCCACGCGUCCCCCCC